AUGAUAGAUAACCUGUGCUGUGAAAAUCUUCCUCAUCUCAUAGAAUUGCUUCAAGGAUUACCUGCAUGCACUCCUCCGCGGUACGACCAGCGCAUCGUCGUCAGCGCUUGUUCGGCCAGCGAGCAGCACCAUGCAGGAAACCGCAGGAGCAGACAGCGAAUAACUGCGUUUGUGUUGAACCCACUGCAGAGGGAUCGGCUCGAGGCGUGCGGAAACGGGGUCCUGGACGACCUGGAGGAGUGCGACUGCGGCGCCAUGGAGCACUGCGAAGAGGUGGAUCCUUGCUGCGAUCCCAUCACGUGCCGCCUGAAGGAGGGCAGCGAGUGUUCCAAGGGGCUUUGCUGUGAUAAUUGCAAA